GGUUUUGUUCCGCGGGGUUGUGAUUCCUUUCUGCUUCUACGACAAGAUGGCACUCAAAUAAUGAAUAUUAACCUACAGGUUUUGAAGCAACGACAUAAAUUGAAGUUAUUACCCCCUAUAUGUAAAUGUUUAAACAAAUUUGAAUCUACAAAAUGUGAAGACAUCUUGUUCACCUCUGAAGAAAUCGCCCCACCUCCCAUAAAAUCCUCUAAAGUUAUCCCAGAAGAGUCAAGAAAAUCCCAUAGGGCCAGACUAGGUCAAUUUUUCCGUAAGCAUCCACACUUAUAUGCAGUGAAGGACGACAUCCCCGAAAAAUAUCUCGCUUUGAAGAGAUUAACACCCCCUGAUAAUUUAUAUUUGAUAGACGUAGAAGUUGCAAAAAAGGCUGUGACGCACAUUUUGCCUGAUAUAAGAACAAAUGAAAACCAACUAGUUUGUGAAACAAAUGCUGGUUUGGGUCUUAUAAGCGGGGAAUUACUUGAUAAUGGAGUUAAGUUAGUGCGGUUGUACGAGUCUUGCCCGGAUUUUAAACACUAUUUAAAAAGUAGGUUUGAACCCUACAAAGGACGUGUUGAACUAUUUACCAAAGACCUCUUUCUCUUACACAGAUAUGAAUUUAUAGAUAAGCAAGAUCAUGGUAACAGAGUAGAGCAAUUACUUAAAGGUAUCCCUACGAAAGCGUGGGAUGAUGGACCUGUACUAACUAUCAUUGGGACAAUGGCUAACAUGAAUUUCAUUCGUUUUUUAAUGAAAUCAGUGGUUUUGCAAUCAUUUAUUACAACACUAGGGAGAAUACAGUUAUAUGUUUUUAUGAAACCAAGAGACUAUGUUGUACUAACAGCCGGGCCUCACUUAAAUCUACACACGUACAAACGUUGGUCCGUAUUUUUCAACCUAUUUUUUGAUUAUGAACUGUUUGAUAAAUUCCCACGGCAAGUUUUUUUGCCUUGGCAAUCCAAAAAUUCAGCACAAUUAGGUCGUUACCCCGGCCAAGUUGAUCCUGACAUGAUGUAUUUUGUACGAAUUAAUUUCAAACAGAAACUACCCGUGGCCACAAAAAAUUUGCUACCUUUCUACGCCUUCAUUAUGCAGUUUUUUGGACAAGGGAGACAGAAAAUUAUUCCCACACUAGAGAGAUGGGUACCAGGUGCGGGAUUAGACGUAAUGAUACCUAAAUCAAAUCAUUCACAAUAUUUUAAAGACAUUAAUAUUUUCACAAAGUUUGGAGAACUUACACCGGAACAGAUACUAGCCGUUUUUGAAGAAAUGAUAUCACAUCCAGAGUACAAACAAAGUCAUUUUGUGGAAGCGAUCGAAUCUCAAUUAAUUAAGACGGAAACAAUAGAAACUAGCCUUGAGGACCAUUUCGAAAAAAGAAUAGAACACUAGAAUUUGAAAAUUAAUAAAAUCUGCUCAAUAUAA